AUGGUAUGGAAGUAUGGAACCACAUACCGUGGCGAUCCCAGUGUGGACGCGCUGGCCCGGGUAGUGUUCGGAGAGGCCCGAGGGGAGCCGUACGUCGGACAGCUGGCCGUUGCGUACACGGUGGUGAACAGGGUCAGGCACGAGGCUUAUCCGAGCUCGGUUGCGGCUGUCCUGGCAGCCACAUGGGGGAGUCAGAAACGACACGAGUACGAAACGCUGGACAUUCCUUCACACGAUGUUGCUUUCAACGACGCGAAACAACAAUUGAACAAGGAAUUCUUAAGCGCAGUAAUGGCGGCAAGAGAAGCAUUGUGCGCAUGCGCACCGGACCCAACCGGAUGCGCAGUGAGUUUCUGCGCAGGUGCCGGAUGUUUACAAGACAAUUCUUACUAUAUUGCAACAAAUAAAAUCCAGAUUGGAAAUCAUAACUUCGCGUGUCGCGUUAAGGCCAGUGGGAAAUGAUUUCUUCACUGAACAUUUGAGCGUCGCUCUAGUAAAACGCUAUGAAUCAUUUAAUGAUUGUCGUAAAGUGUCGUCCCAGAAGAAUAGCCUGUGCACAUGAUAUUGUAUUUUUUUGUUUGCAUACAGUAUUUUCUUAGCGUAAAUCCAGUUAAGAUGGAAAGUGUCGUCCCUGAUAAGCCCGUGAAGACUGUACAGGCUUAACUUUAGCGACACGUAAUGCUCAUUAAUGAAAACCAAUUUUCCAAAUCAUAUUAAGCGAUUCAAAGAAGAGUCAUAUAAUAUAGAAAGAUCAU